GCAGGCGGCGCGGUGCAUGGGGGCAUGGCGAGCGUUGUAGAUGAUCCGGAGGCGGCGGGGACGGGGAGGAGGGUGGUUGCGCGGGCGCGGGAGAACCUGCUGCGAUUCCGGUCGGUGUGGGAGGAGCUGAACGGCGCCAUGGGCGACCUCGGGACGUACAUACCCAUCGUGCUCUCGCUGGCGCUUUCCCGCCACCUCGACCUCGGCACCACCCUCAUCUUCACCGGCGUCUACAACGCCCUCACCGGCCUCAUCUACGGCGUCCCCAUGCCCGUCCAGCCCAUGAAGUCCAUCGCCGCCGCCGCCCUCUCCGACCCCUCCUUCGCCGUCCCCGAGAUCAUGGCCGCUGGCAUCCUCACCGCCGCCUUCGUCCUCUUCCUCGGCGUCACCCGCCUCAUGAACCUCGUCUACCGCUUCGUCCCUCUCCCCGUCGUCCGCGGCAUCCAGCUCGCCCAGGGCCUCAGCUUCGCCAUGGCCGCCGUCAAGUACAUCCGCUACGACCAGGACUUGGCCAAGGCCAGGUCCCUCGCCCGACGCCCCUGGGCUGGCCUUGACGGUCUCCUCCUCGCCAUCGCGGCCGUCUGCUUCAUCGUGCUCGUCAACGGGGCCGGCGACCCAGCAGCAGCAGCUGCACCACCAUCUUCUUCUUCUGAUACUCUCCCACAGCAGCAGCAGCAGCAGGAAGAGUCUUCGUCUUCGUCUUCUUGGCGGCGGCGCCUGGCCGCGUCGUCGGUUCCGUCGGCGGUGAUCGUGUUCGUGGUGGGCGUGGCAUUCGCGGUGGCGCGGCAGCCGGCGGCGGUGCGGGAGCUGCGGGUGGGGCCGUCGCGGAUGCGCGUGGUGCGGAUACCGCGGGAGGCGUGGAAGCAGGGGUUAAUCAAGGGCGCGGUGCCGCAGAUCCCUCUGUCCGUGCUCAACUCGGUGGUGGCGGUGUGCAAGCUGACGCGCGACCUCUUCCCGGAGCGGAAGGAGGCGUCGGCGACGUCGGUGUCGGUGACCAUGGGCGCCAUGAACCUGGUGGGGUGCUGGUUCGGCGCCAUGCCGUGCUGCCACGGCGCCGGCGGGCUGGCGGGGCAGUUCAGGUUCGGCGGGCGCAGCGGCGGGUGCGUGGCGGCGCUGGGCGGGCUGAAGCUGGCGCUGGGGCUGCUGCUGGGAGGCUCCAUGCUGCGCGUGCUCGUCCAGUUCCCCGUCGGCCUGCUCGGGGCGCUGCUGCUGUUCGCCGGCGUGGAGCUGGCGGCGGCGGCGAGGGACAUGGCGACGAGGGCGGAGGCGUUCGUGAUGCUGGUGUGCACGGCGGUGUCGCUCGUGGGCUCCAGCGCCGCGCUCGGCUUCCUCUGCGGCGUCAUCGCCCACGCCCUCCUCAUGCUCAGGGCCUACGCCCUCAACUCCCUUGCUACUUAUUAAUAAUAAUCCAUGAAUUAAUUGAUCCAUCGAUC